AUGGAUGACCUUCCCCAGGACAUCUUCCUCCUCGUCUGCCGCAUUCUGGUCCCCAUCCCGCUGCUGAGUACAGAACAAGAUGUUAAUGGUGAAGAAUACAAAUCGGAGUAUCUGCGACCCCUUCUGCGCCUCACCCAUGUCUGUCGGUCGUGGCGACGGACCCUCAUCGAUGCUCAAUCAAUGUGGUCCUACUUGAUUCUCAAACCAACUGACAAUGUCUGCAACAACAUCUCCUCCGUCCUUUUGGAACGCUCAGGAGAAUCUCCUCUCACCAUUGUCAUCGUCACCAACGACGUCGACGAUGUUUACAGGACGAUAUCGGCACAGGGGAGGCGACUGUGCCACUUUCAAAUCCGCAUGCUUGGUCCAUCCCCGGGUCACUACUCGUUGCUUUCCCCCUAUGCUACACCUCUCCUCGAGGCACUCUCCAUCAAGUAUGAGGCAGACGCUCCGGCCGGGACAGAAUACCGCAACGCAUCCUCGACCCGGAUGUUCCACAACGGCCGCUCGUCUCUCCGUGCCCUUGAACUCUGGCCCGUGCAGUACGCACUGCCGCUCGACUCCUUCCCCCUUCUCACACAUCUUUUCCUUUCCUUCGAUUCCGUCAACAUCGAGAACAGCAACCUCUUCGAAGACGUCCUCAGUCUGCUGUCGCGCACACCCUUGCUGCGGUUCUUUAAUCUGCGCGACAUCCAAUGCGACGGCAAAUCCCUACCCGCAUCGGAAGACAAUCCGCCAGCUAUGGUCGAACUGUCGCGCUUGAAUAGCAUGUCAGUAUCGCAAACCAACUGGGAGUUCAUCGGGAACCUCCUCCGUCGCCUCAUUCUCCCCCGCGAGUUCCACAUAUAUUUCACCGACCCGCCGUCGGAAGGCACAUUCAACGAUUGGAAGAACAGCGCGUCGAAAACCGUGAACCUUUUGUGCCGGACGGCAAUCCCAUCCCUCGAGCGUCUCAAGAUCUGUCAGUCGGAUCAAGUCACCAUCACAGCCGAGGGUCCCCUCUCGCAGGCUCCACUCCCUCGUGCGCGCGGUCGUCUCGCGCUCUCUACAGGACCCCCCGUACAGGAGCCUCGCCAUCGCCGCGCCGGUGCCGUCUCAUGGCUCGCGUCCCUUCCCGCACACAUCCCAUUCUCGUCGAUCCGGGUCCUGCACCUCGACGUCGAGAACAUCCUCAUCCUCCUCCUACCCCCACUGCUCGCGCAUACCCCCGCGCUGACCACCCUCAUCUUCCUCUUCUGCGCACACCUCGGCAUGAUCAAGACGGACGACCUCGCGGCACUCGACUCGCUCGCCGCCGCCCUCCUCAGCCCCACCGCCGACGGCGCCUUCCCGUGCCCGCAGCUCGCCACGCUCGGCUCGUGGAUCUGGCUCCCGGAGCGCGUCGCGGACCAGGGCUUCGCAAGAAACAUGCAACGCGCUCGCGUCGACGUCAUGUUCACCAAGUUCACCGCGCUCGCGACGGGCCGCGCGCGCCUCGGCUGGCCGCUGCGCACGCUGCUCCUCGCGCCCACCACCCUCCAGGCUGAGCGGCCCCGGCGCGCGGCGGCGCGCGAGGACGGCGACGGGCGGCCCGGGAAGGCUGCGCUCGACGCCAUGGUCGACGUGGGGAUCGAGACGCUCCGGGGCGUCGUGGAGGAGGUCGUGUGGGCGCCGGACGUGGAGGGGCACGUGGAGCUGGACCGGCUGUUCGCGGCGGACACGGCGGCGGCGGAUGAGGAGGACUUGGGGCGCGCGGAGCGGUAUUGGAGGAUCCCGUGGGGUCCUGGCGCGUGA